UUUUAAUAGGGAUCCAGGCGUCCAACACUCCAACCCAUUGAAUUGCUCUGUUGAAGCGCAUUCAACGUUCUCCAUUGAAGCGCAGUUGCCGUUCUCCGUUGAAUCUAGUUCUUGUAUCCCCCAUUGAAGCAGCUUCUGAGACAAGAAAAGAGGACAAAAAAAUGGUGAAAGAAAUUGAGGGACUCAGUGAAGACGAAAGAAAAGCUCUUAGACACAUCAAAUUCGCUCCACUUCCUUCUAAACUUUCUUCUUUGCAGUCCUCUUCUCUUCCCAGGCUAGCUCAUCCUGGUGGACCUGUAACGACAAAUAAGGCAGUUGCAUUGGCGAAGUUUCUUGAAAGAAAACUACAGGAACCUGGUGGAUUGGAUACCUUAAAACCUGAACUCGUUGAGCUGGCUGUCAAGAAUGCAAAGGAGACUGUGAAUGCUAGUGGAACUUCAAAUCAUGGGAAGAUCAUACGACAUGUUACUUCGUUUGAUGAUGAUGAGGAUCAUUCAUCCAAAGAUGGAUCAACAUUUGAGCCAAAGAAGAAAAAAUUGAAAAAAGAAAAGAAAGAUAAGAAGAAGAAGUAUAAAAAGAAAAAGGUUGAAGAUCAAUAAUGUUGAAGGAAGUGUUUUGAAGAGAUCUUAAAACAUUAGGUUUUUAUGUUACUGGGGAAAUUCUCAUUGAUACAAAUCUAGUUUUGACUUUUAUUUUUAAUACACUUCACUAAAUUUUGAUUAUCAAAAAUACACUCAAACUUAAUCCUAAUUAACUACAGUGUAGGCUUUGCGAACUCUUCUUGUGGGUGAUUGAUGAACAUAUCAUAAGGGAUGUAGGAGGCAGACAUGGUUAUAUUACAGACUCAUCAUGUGCUCAAGUUUUAAGGGCAGGGUUCAUUGAGUUAAUGAAGAAAACAUAUGACUUUGCCGAUUUUGUUCAUAAGGUUGUAAAAAUUGUUGUUAUAAUGUAUUUGGUAUUAUUGGUUGUUUAGAAAUAGAUGAAAGGAAUUGUGAGAUGCAAUGAGAACUUAGUUGUGACUUGUGAGUUGUAAUAUACUAAGGGGUCGUUUGGUUCGCACAGGGAAAUCGGAAGGAAUACGGAAAAGGGAAUGAAGGAGAAAGGAAAGGAUUAACCCUGAUUUGCCUUGCUUGUUUGGUUGUAUCUAGAAAACGGAAUGAAAUGCUGACUGAUUCCCUUUG